CAAUAAUAACAAAUUAACGUAUAAUAUCUAAUAGUAACCUUAAAACAUGAAACAAAAAUAUAAUAUGUUAAAUUAAACAGAAGAGUAACCCACCCCACAUUACUUCUCCAAAUUAUAUCCAAAUUAGAAGAUUCAGUAAAUUAGAAGAUUCAAUAAAAUUCAAAUUAUACAAUUUAAAUAAUUAUAAUAUUGAAAUUUAAAGUGUGCAUUUGUUUUAAAUGGAUUAAACAGUAAAUAGAAUGGGGCAAGCUAAUGACAACGAAUGGAAUAAUACAGAAUAAAACAAAAAACAACAAAAAUUAAUAUAUUGAAUAAGCAGAGAAAAUAAACCCAAGCUUCUCCCUCCAUAUAAUUAGUCCUGUCCUGCAGCACCCUAGGAGAAGAUCUUGUUUUCCUCAGAGUGGUCGUUGGAUAUGAGUUCAAGUUCAUGGGGGCAAGAGCCCCCACCCAGACAGUCAGAGGCAAAGCUCGAUAAAGCAUUGAAAGGAGGAGAGCCACUGAGGACAUGAUACCUAUGCUGGUUCUCUCGGCGUUAGAGAGUUGAAAGGAGAAUUCCCCAUUCAACCUUUCAGGGUCCACUGCUGAAAGCUGGGCUUCUGUAGCCAUAAAUAAUAGCAAAGAGACACAGUUCCAAUCUGGCCCUCCGGGAAGCUCUGAGAAAGAACACAGCCAGCCGGUAUCAGAUUUCACUCUCAGUCUCUCAGUUUCCUAAGCACAGGAUCACCCGACUCCUUCGAACAGCGUCCACAGCUUCCGGGGGUUCUAGCUCUCGAACCGGCAAGCUCUACUGGACCCUUCCACGCUGGGCCACGUCUCCCGAGGCCCCCAGUGCCAGGCCCACCAAGGACGAUAGUUUUCCAAGGGCUUAAGCUCUUCCAGCCACCACGGAACGAAAGGCAAGCUCUCCCAACCCCCGCAGCAAGCAGCAACGGCAUAAACUCCCGGGACGCCAAACUCUGCCUCACUGACAAGCCAGGCCAAGCAGGCCCCAAAAUGCAGAAUCAACAGCAGAGGAAUCAAAGUCUGUACCAGCAGACUGUUGCACUCUUGUGGAAAAACAUCAUUAUGAAGUGGAGAAUGAGAAUGCAAAGUUUUCAGGAAUGGUUCUCAGCACUAGUUUUAAGCUCUGUCAUGGUGUUGCUGUUAUUAACACUGAACUUUGAGGAAAGUGUGGAAGUACAUCGGGCAUCGCUUGGGCAGCUAAAUGAGCUGGUAAACCACAACCUAACUGCGUUAAGAGUUGUUUAUACCCCAGACACGAAGAUGACAAGAGAAAUAAUGGGAAAAAUAGAAACCAUAUCUGUAUUGAAAGGUAUAAGAACAGAAAUAGUUGGAGAUGAAAAAGCCAUGGAUGUAAUCCAAGAAGAGAACGAUGACAUAAUUGGAGUAGUAUUUGUGGAUGAUGUUUCUUAUCGACUCAGAUUUCCUUUGGGUAAAGUGGUUUCUCCCAGCGAUUAUAUUGGACAAUUAGAUAUUUGUUACGACAAUUCAUCAGAUUUUUGUAACAGUCCAAGAUACUGGUUUGAGGGCUUUCUAUCACUACAGUCUAGUAUUGACAGUGCUCUUAUUGAACAUAUCACCAAUCAUUCAGUUUGGGAUGAAAUGAAAUCCAUUGGUGGUAUCCGGAUGGGAUCUCCAUUUCUUGUCCCAACAGAUAACAUUGAAAGCUGUAUGUUCUUUUUGGCUAUAUUAGUUUCCAUGUCUCCAUUUAUGUAUUUCUUAUCACAAAAUGUUUCGAGAGAAAAAAGAAAAAUGAAAGAGGUGAUGAAGAGCAUGGGUCUACGAGAAACCGCAUUCUGGUUAUCCUGGGGUUUGCUGUAUGCUGUACACAUUUUGAUUUCAUCCUUGUUGCUGACGCUUCUGUUGAACAAUGUGUAUUUUACACAGAGCAGCUUUUCUGCCAUGUUUUACUUAUUCUACCUUUAUGGCAUGUCGUCCAUAUGCUUCUGCUUUGUGAUCAGUUCACUUCUAAAGAAGCCUAAAGCCACUUCCCUUGUUGUCUUUCUUCUCAUUUUUAUUUUUGGAAUUCUCAGUCUUGGGUCAUUUCUCAAUAUAUUUCCAGCUGCUUUGGAAUGGAUUCUGAGCAUCUUUUGCCCUUUUGCCUUCGGGACUGGGAUUGCAAAGAUUUUCCAUUUUCAAAAAUAUGGAAGACCUUUCAAUUUUCUUGACUUAAUGUCUGCACCAUACACUUAUGCUCUGAUAUUGGACAGUGUUUUAUAUAUAUUGCUGACUCUCUACUUUGACAAGGUUAUCCCUGACAAAUAUGGAGUGCCCUAUCCUCCUUUGUUUUUCUUGAAGAAGUCUUACUGGCUUAAAUCAAGAAGCGGUUUGGCAGAAGGUGUUAUGGCAAACGAACAAGGGAGUAUCUUCAAUGACAAUGUAGAGCCCGUUCCUCCUGAACUUGAGGGGAAGGAAGCCAUCAGGCUAAACAACAUUAAAAAAACAUAUGAAGUGAAGACCACAAAAACAGAAGCUUUGAGAGGUUUGUCCCUGAAUAUUUUUGAAGACCAGAUCACUGCAGUGCUUGGUCACAGUGGAGCUGGAAAAACUACACUGCUCAACAUUCUGAGUGGACUUUCCAAGCCAUCUGGUGGUUCUGCAUCCAUAUUCAAGUACAAUAUAUCCGAAAAGGCAGAUAUGGAGCAUAUUAGAAGCAUAAGUGCUGUUUGCCCCCAGUUCAACAUUCAAUUUGAAUUUCUAACAGUGAAAGAAAAUCUAAAGACAUUUGCUAAGAUAAAAGGAGUGCCAUCCAAUGAAAUAGAAAAUGAGGUUCAAACACUAUUGACCCUCUUGGAUAUUAAUGCCAUGGAAAACACUCGAGCUAAUCAAUUAAGCGGUGGACAAAAACGAAAACUGUCCCUGGCGAUCACCUUUUUGGGACAGCCAAAGGUUUUACUGUUAGAUGAACCGACGGCAGGAUUGGAUCCUUAUUCCAGACAACGGGUGUGGUCUUUUCUGAACGAGCGCAAAGCAGGUCGAGUAAUUCUAUUCACUACUCAGUUCAUGGAUGAAGCCGACAUUCUGGCUGACCGGAAAGCUUUUAUCUCACAUGGCAGGUUGACAUGUGUUGGUUCCUCUUUGUUCCUGAAGAAAAAAUGGGGGAUCGGCUAUCAUUUAAGGAUGCAUGUAAGUGAUUCAUGUGACUGUGAGAAAACAACAUCCCUGGUCAGACGAUACAUCCCUGCUGCAAAAUUAUCAGGACAGCGUGAAAAUGAGCUGAGAUAUACACUUCCCUUAGAAAAUGUAGCUAAAUUUCCAGAUUUGUUCAAUGACAUGGACCACAGAACUGAUCUGGGAGUCAUAAACUAUGGGGUGACUAUGACAACGCUGGAAGAUGUCUUCUUAAAGCUAGAGGGAAAUGAAAUAAUUGGUGCAGAAGAUGAUGAACUUCUUCACAGAGAAGAGAAGAGGGGAGAAAUGGAAAGGAGCCAAUCAUUGCUUUCAGACACAGGAAGGGCAACAAUGAGGGGCCUGGCUCUCUGGAGGCAUCAAGCUUGUACCAUAGCAAGAAUGCACUUUUUAAAUCUCAAGCGUGAGACCAAAGUCUGGGGAUCCCUAUUACUUCUUUCUGGACUUUUACUAGUGCCUUUUAUCACUGAGUUAGCAUCAUUUGGUAUUUGGAUGAACCUCCAUUACGUAGAGCUUCAUCCUAGGCUUUAUUUUGAGCCAGGAAAGCAAAGUUUCACGGGAACCAGUGGACUUUUGAUCCUUAAUGAUACAGGUGCGAGCAUUGAGGAUUUUAUCCGUGCUGUGAAGAGUCAGAAUAUCCUGGUGGAAACCAUGUCUGGAAACAGUGUCUCUGACCAGCUAGUACACAAUGGCGCUAUAAAAGUAGCCCUUGAAGGCAAGGAAUACAGGUUCACAUUGAUGUGCCACACAGAAAUAACCAACUGCUUUCCUGUACUCGUCAAUAUAAUCAGCAAUGCAUACCUUCAAAUGUUUAAUUCUACCGCACAUCUGCGAAUCUGGAGUCAUCUAUUUGUACAAGAACUGGAUAGCAAUAUUGUAUGGUAUACAUUUAGAACUUACGCUUUUGGAACUAUUGUUUUACUUCCUGCUUUUCCACCUCAUUUUGCUAUGAGAAGCGUUUCUGACUACAAGAGAAAAACUCAUUCUCAGCUGCGAGUCUCAGGAAUCUUUCCCUCUGCCUACUGGUUUGGACAUGCCCUGGUGGACAUUACCCUUCACUGCAUUCUGCUCUUACUAGGGUUUUGGCCCUGGUUUCUUAGAUUUUCCGUUAAAACAGUUCAAAGAACUGCCACCAUAAUUUUCUGUUUUGUGUCCUUUAUAUUGGGCUACAGCUUCUCUGUUGUUUCAUUAUUGUAUGUGGUUUCCUUUACCUUUCGCAACAAAAGGCAUCCUAGCAGUUUUUGGUCAUUCAUCUUAAUUCUGGCAGCUGUUUUGACUAUGUCGCUAAUGAGUAUUUUCGCACUUGAAGGUUUUUAUUUGGAUUACUUGCUGAAUUUGAUUCUUCCUGCAACUCCGUUAUUCAGCUUUUUCAUUUCCAUCGUCACUAUACUCGCUCCGUAUACUGAUCACUAUGAGGAACUAACGACGGAAUAUGUGAAUGAACUUCUGUUUUUUUCCUUUGUGCCUUACUUCCAUGGUAUUGUUUUCACUCUUCUACUUCGCUUUCUAGUGGUGAAAUAUGACAGACCAGUUAUGAGAAGAGAUCCUAUGUUUAGGAUUUCUCCACAGAGAAAAAGCAGCCAUCAGAAUCCCGAAGGGCCCAGUGAUGAUGAAGAUAGAGAUGUUCAAGAUGAAAAAGCAAGAGUCCAAAUUGCACUGACUACUGCAAGUCAAGAAGAGAAACCUGUUGUCAUUGUCCACAACCUGCGUAAGGAAUACAAGAGUGGGAAGGCUUGUUCCUGUUUCAAGAAAAACAAGGAGAAGAUAAAAGUGGCCACCAGAACAGUCUCUUUUUGCGUUAAAAAAGGAGAAGUUUUGGGACUACUGGGACCCAAUGGAGCUGGUAAAAGUACAACACUCAGUAUCAUAAUAGGAGAGACAGAUCCAAGUGCUGGACAGGUGUUGAUAAAAGGGGUGGAUGCACCUGCAAAUGAAGAAAACACCACCGGCUUCCUUGGCUACUGUCCUCAGGAGAAUGCCCUCUGGUCCAACCUGACUGUCAAAGAACAUCUGGAGAUUUAUGCAGCUGUGAAAGGGAUACAGAAAGAUGCUGCUGCUGUGGCUAUUAACCGGGUAGUUGAAGCUCUAGAACUCCAAGAGCAUUUUAAAAAAGCAGUCAAGAGAUUAUCUGAUGGCAUAGCUAGAAAAUUGUGCUUUGCCCUGAGUUUGUUGGGCAGUCCUCCGGUGAUGCUUUUGGACGAGCCAACCACAGGGCUGGAUCCCAAAGGAAAGCGGCAGGUGUGGAAAGCAAUUCAUGCCAUUUUGAAAGAGAAGGACCAAGGAGCCAUUCUGACAACUCACCACAUGGAGGAAGCUGAGGCAGUAUGUGACCGAAUAGCCAUCAUGGUGACUGGACAGCUCAGGUGCCUUGGGUCUAUUCAGUAUCUGAAAAGCAGAUUUGGCAAAAAUUAUUUGCUGCAAAUAAAAGUAAAAGGAGUAGAGCAAGGGGAGCUUCUGAAUACUCACAUUCUACAGAUCUUCCCACGUGCAGCUCGCCAAGAAAGGCUAUCCACUUUGUUGGUCUACAAAGUCCCAAUGGAAAAUGCACUGCCCCUCUCCAGAGCCUUCUCCAUGCUAGAAGAAGCUAAACGAAGGUUCAGCCUUGAGGAAUACAGCUUUUCUCUGAACACUUUGGAGCAGGUUUUCCUAGAAGUUUGCAAAGAACAAGAGAGGGAAGAUGCUGACAUGGUUCUGGAUACAAAUUUUGAAUGGAGACAACUGCAGGAGGCUGCUUGCUAAGCCCAGUCCAAAGACCAGUGUUUACAGAUUGGACAGAUCAGACUAACCCUAAAUACAUAUUGUAUCUUGUUUACUGCUCUGACUAUAAGCCUGGGGGGGGGGGAGAGAAUGCAGUUCAUAUAUCCAUCUGUGCACUAAAAGGUCUGUGUAACACCUGUAUUAGUCAUGUGUAAAGGUGUAACAUUGCUGAAAACCUCAAACUCAUAGGAGGCAUUGGGUGUUCUUUCUUUCUCUCUCUCUCUCUCAUGUCCCCCCCCCCAAAGUAUACAUGCAGUAUUUUCAGAUAAACUGUUUACAGUUUAGCACUUAUGGCAAUGUUACUGGUAUAUGUUUGAAAAGUGUUAAAUGACUUAUCUUAUCCACAUAAUGUUUGUGACUAUACUAAGAUAUGGAUCAUAGAGUACUUAGAUACUCCCAUAUACCUAAGCCUCCCUGCCCUGUGUGCCCCCCCCAAAAAAAACAGUUAAUAAUCAAGAAUUCAAUACGUAGACUAAUGGAACUAUAGUGGAUUUUUUUUUCAUUCUUAGGUCUAUAAAAUAGCCGCCUAGCCAGAAACAGAAAACAUGAUACAGUUGCUUACUAGAACUGAUACUAAGAUGAGUUUAAACACCUGGUGCAGCUCAAGAUAUGUUGCUGCCCAAGUCAAGAUACAGUAUAUAGUACCAAAUUCCACUGAAGAAACUCUGGUAUCUGCAACAGACAAUCCUACAUGUGUCAUUCCUUCUGUCUGGCAUUAAAAAUAAAACAACAACAAUAUUGUAAUUACUAAAAGGACUGGAUUUUUAUGACAUUCCAAACCAGAUGCCUGAGGUGCUCAUGGUGGCAAGCAAUAAUUCUUCUUUCAAAUGCCUUAAAGCUCUCUGACAAAUACUUCCCACUCCCUUCAAAAUAUUAAAAUCUAUGCAUAAAUCUGGCUACUGGGUUAAAUAGCAUUGAACUGUUUUGUAGUGUAUCAUCAUCACACAAUCUCUGCAACCGUGGGGUGGACAUGGGAGAUAAAUACCCCUGGACUAGCUUAGCCACAUGACUCUUUAUAUCAUGUCAUCUAAAAAUAAAUCAUAUAUUUCUUUAAA